AGAUCGGCGAAUCGUAGUUCAGCAUCAAUGUACACGGCAUCUUUGGUGAUUUCGCCCAUAUUAAACCGCUGCUUGAAUUGCUGCGGCGCCUGGAAGGUGAAGGCGUUAGAAGCUGGUCUGCGUUGGAAGGUUUGCGCGAGUGGUGAUUGCCUACCCGCGUCACGGUCUUUUGAAAGCCUUUCCAACUCAUCUUUGCGACGUCCGAGAGUUGUGUGCAGUAGUGAGGAUGGUCGAGGAGAAAGGGGAUGCAGUAGAGCAGAAAGCUGUAUAUUCGUGCUUGCGCGACAAGGAGUCUCGAUUUCAAAACGUGGUUGUAUACACAAGGUAUGCAGGGUGAUGGAAUAUGGCUGCGAGCACUUUACCAACUACCCCAUGUGAAGGUGAAGGGUGGCUAUGCACUGGAAUUACGAUGGGAUUACAUAUGCCGAGCAGCUUCCCAGGUUUUUGUCAUGCAUUAUUCGGCAACCUAGCUGAUGACGACGUCAGCGGGGCUGCGAUGCUUCACUACCUGGAUACAGUAGAGACACCGGAACACGCAUCGAGAACCUCAGGCACGGACCACUCUAGCUUCGGCUCCGAUGAGAUAGAGACUGCAAUUGAGCCUCUUGUCCGUUAUGCUGAAAUCAUCACCAACUUAACAGCAAAAAUGUCACAUAUUGCUCCCAAUACUGUGCGUCAAGCACUCCGUCGGUCAUCUCGAUCGCUCCCAUCAUCAUCAUCACCAUCAUGUCCAUUCACAUCGCAGACUCCGCGAGCAUGUAUCGCCGCUCGUGGACGACGAAAUUAUGUCUCUGAGACCAGUCCCAAAAACGCCACCGUCAAUGUCGAGAGUACUAUCCGCAAAGACCAAAAGGCAUUCAUGUCAGAGACAGGACUUUCCAUCAAGGACGCCCGUAUGCCCACUACUGGUAUGCCCGCAGAGGCAAUGAUGAGCCCGGCUGCUGGUAUCCUGAAGCAAGCAACGGUCAUGGACGAGGGUACUCGGCCAAUCUAUCUCGAUAUGCAAGCCACUACCCCCACCGACCCGCGCGUGCUCGACGCAAUGCUUCCCUUCCUCACCGGUCUAUAUGGUAACCCACAUUCAAGAACACACGCUUAUGGAUGGGAGACGGACACUGGAGUUGAGCAAGCGCGUGAGCACAUUGCCAACCUCAUCGGCGCUGAUCCGAAGGAGAUCAUUUUCACGAGUGGUGCGACGGAAAGCAACAACAUGAGCGUCAAGGGUGUUGCGCGCUUCUUCAAGCGAUCCGGCAAGAAGAACCACAUCAUCACUUGCCAGACCGAACACAAAUGCGUGCUAGACAGCUGCAGGCAUCUUCAAGAUGAGGGCUUUGAGGUUACAUAUCUACCGGUGCAGUCGAAUGGUCUCGUUGACCUCGCUGCGCUGGAGGCUGCUAUGCGACCAGAGACCUGCCUUGUUUCAAUCAUGACUGUGAACAACGAAAUUGGUGUAGUGCAACCGAUGGAGGAGAUUGGCCGGUUAUGUCGAAGCAAGAAGAUCUUUUUCCACACCGACGCUGCUCAGGCGGUCGGUAAGAUUCCUCUGGAUGUCAACAAGAUGAACAUCGACUUGAUGUCAAUUUCCGGACACAAGAUCUACGGACCGAAGGGAAUCGGCGCUUGCUACGUCCGAAGACGGCCGCGUGUUCGCCUCGAGCCGAUCAUCUCCGGCGGUGGACAAGAGCGCGGGCUACGAUCGGGCACUCUUGCUCCAGCACUUAUCAUCGGAUUUGGCGAGGCUGCACGGAUAUGCAAGGAAGAAAUGGAGUAUGAUAGCGCUCGCAUCGCCAAGCUCUCCCACCGUCUCCGCUCCACGCUUCUCAGUAUGGAGCACACCACGCUCAAUGGCGACCCGACAGCACACUACCCGGGCUGCGUCAACGUCUCCUUCGCCUACGUCGAAGGCGAGUCUCUCCUCAUGGCCCUCAAGGACAUUGCCCUCUCCUCCGGCAGUGCUUGUACUUCAGCUUCGCUCGAACCCAGCUACGUCCUCCGCGCGUUGGGCAGCUCAGAUGAGUCAGCGCACAGCUCGAUCCGCUUCGGAAUUGGACGUUUCACGACUGACGAGGAAAUCGACUACGUCAUCGACGCAGUCAGUAAGCGAGUCACCUUCCUGCGCGAGUUGAGUCCUCUAUGGGAGCUGGUGCAGGAGGGUGUUGACCUGAACACGAUUGAGUGGUCGCAGCACUGAUGAGAUUUUUGUUUCCCUGGGGAAGGUGGUGUUCUUAAUGAUUAUCCAAGUCUCGGUGGAGCCCAAAGCGUGGCUCGGUUGAGCAAUCUUCUUUCUUCUACUUCUACUUCUCCUUCUACUCUUGAUAUCAUGUAGUAUUCUUCAUCUAUGUUACCAUCAACUUAUUCAAGCUGAUUAAAUUUGCUCCCGUUGUCUCAUUCGAUAAGUACGGUCCACAGAAGGCGACACGAGACUGAUAAAUGCAAACUUUGCUUCGCCAGCUACAUUUGCAAAGGCGAACAAUCAACAUAUCUUGCGGUACUGAAAAUUUGUGACAAACAGACGUGGACUGAUCGUGUCUCUUCCGAAGGUUCUCCGGGUACAUUAUAAACUUGGACAAUACCUGGCGUCGUGGUGGGGAAGCAACUCAGGACUUGCAGUUCUUUCAAGUAUCAGU